UUUCAUCUCCCUCUCUUAUACUACAUUUUUUGUUGUAUAAUUAAUUGCAACACUAAUUUUUGCAAGAACCCUAAUAUUUUCUCAUACAUUUUCCAUGGUUCUUCAACAAUAGAUGAUUGAUAAAUCCAAAUUAAGAAAGGGAAAAAAAUAUGCAUACAUCUGGCAAGCUCAAGAGAGAAUUUAUUAAAAAAUGGAUAAAGGGUCUUCAAGUAUGCUAUUCUUCAAAGAAAAAAAUGGAUGUCAUGGAAAGAAAGAAGAAAAUAAAGCUUUGUGCUGACAUUGCUUUAGCUUGUGCAAAAAGUGCAUCAACUUCAUGGAGCAAUGCUCUAAUUUCCGACGCUAAAAAAGACGACGAAAACAAGAUUCUUGUCAACAAUAUAGUAGGGUCCGAAGAAUCAUGGGUCGAGCCACAAAAGACCAUUAGCAAUAUGGUCAGUACUAGCCUUAAAAGGGUUAGAAGCAAAAAGAUCUUGAAAAAGAGUCGGAGUGUUAGCCAAAGAAUAAAAAAAUUAGGUCCUCCUAAAUCGAAUUUGGCUAUUUGUAUCGCGAAAAGAUUGGUUAAGAAGAGAACACAAGUGCUUAAAACACUUGUACCUGGGGGAGAAUCCAUGGAUGAAGUCUCUCUUAUCAAAGAAGCAUUAGACUAUAUCCUUUCGUUAAAGGUGCAAGUCGAUGUGAUGAGAAGCGUCGCAGAUGCAACUGAAACAAGCUAGUUGAAAAAACUACACAUAGAACUCGAGUUAUCGAAAGAAAUUAAACCAUGUACAGGAUCAAUAUCGAAACAUGUGACACAAAAAAUGUCACAUUCGACAAAUGCUAUGUUUCGAUCUUUAGUUAUAUAUAUAAGUCAUCAUUUAUAUAUAGUUUUUGGCUAAAAAACGUUACAAUUACUUUUAGUGGUUGAUUCAAA